UAUGUGCUGAUUAACAUCUAUGCACUGAAUAAGGAUAAAGACAUUAUAACCUUUCCUAACAAUCUGAGAACAAUACUCCAAAAUGAAAAUCUGGGAGACGAAGAAAAUAUAAUUAUAGGGGGUGAUUUUAAUUGUCCGCUGAAUCCAUCCCCCGAUAAAAAAGGUGGUACAAUGUUACCGAGGAAAUCAGUUAUUGAAACCAUUGAUUGUUCACGAGAUGAACUUGAUUUGGUUGACAUUUGAAGAAUUAAAAAUCCUUCUUUAAACGUUUCACGUGGAGCCAAAACUCGCCAAUGAUUUUAUGCUGCUUAGACUAGUGGCUGAUUUCAAAUAAUCUUCAAGAUUUGGUUUCAGUAACGAAUAUUAUUCCAGCCAUUAAAACUGACCAUGCAGCCAUUUCCUUGGAUUUUAGUAUUAGUCGAAACCACAUUAAAGGUUCGGGUUACUGGAAAAUGAACUGUUCUCUUCUGUAUGAUGAUAACUACCAA